AUGCUCUCUCAAAAAGAAGGCAAGUCCCAACCCUCCGGUCACCUCCUUCGACGUUGAUGCUUCCUGUAGCACUGGUCAACGAACACUGGCAACUCAGACGAGCGGAAUGCAGCCUGAGCUAGUGGUCUCCAUCAUGUCGAUCCCCACGAGAACCCUCGAAGCGGAACCAAACCGUUAACCUCCAUGACUUUUCCAUCACAGUCAUCGCCCUCUUGGCAAAGGAACUACCGGCAAUUCCACAGCACAUCGUCUACCAGGUGCUCGCCGCAUACGUCUACUCAAAGGCGUCCAGGGGCAAUCUGUCAGUCGUCGGAGUCCGGAGACCCCGAGUGGGGAACUUCCCUCCUCGACCCUCACGAGAUUGGCCCAUGAUGCAGAAGCAGACGACUGACCUCGAGUGUUUUGAUUUCUUCCACGCCGAACGAUGCCUUCGAACUCCGUUACUACUCUACAUACCCAUGCCAUUCGCCACCCAUUCGUGUUGCCGACCGCACGUUUAUUUCUGGCGCUCUCUCCCCACCAUGGACCAUGGACCAUCACCCCGGACAAUCGCUCGAUCGUCGCCCUCCCACCAGUCCCGGCGAAGUUCUCUCCAAAGUGAUCUCGAUCCAACGCAAAUUCUACAACCAAACCGCCCUCUCCUUCCCCCACAACUCCCCCGUCACGCGCGCCUUCGAAGCGAUAAAGACCGCUCUCCUCCUCGCGAAUCGCAACUGGAUACAUUUGGGUCCUUUAGCCUUUGGUCCAUUAGGUCAGAUCGGUACGGCCAGUAACGAGGUCGCACGAUUGGCUUGGACCAAAGCGACCGAUGGGAAGGUCAAGCAGUUCAGUGAUGGGUCUGAUACGAAUGGGUAUGGACCUGGCUUCGUUGAGGUUGACGCGGGGAGGGUUGUAGGGCCUGCGACGUUCAGAGGCGCUUGGAAUGGAGCGAAUGCAGGAGGAGGAGUGCAGAGCCUGGAAGAUGGACCACCGGGCUACGUUCCUCCUUCACCGCAGGAUGAAAGACCACCCAUCAAUGGAGCUGAUGGGGGUGGAGGGCCGAUCGUCGAUGAGGUCGAACAGGCACGGAUGAAGUUGGCACAAAUGAGGGAACAGAGGAUCCGAUUGGAAGAGGCGGAAGAGGAACGCAAGAGAGUGCUGGAGAUUGAGAGGAAGGAGAUGGAACAAGCGAUCGCGAAUGCCGCCCAGUCGCAUGUGGGGCCCACGACGAAUCAUGGAACGUCCGAGUCGAGAUCGACUACGACGGCAUAG